UGAAACUUAAUCACAUGUUGCUUAUGUAGGACCCACCAGAGGAUGCUGUUGUGGCAAUGUGUGGGCAUGUUUUCUGCUAUCAGUGUAUAUCUGAGCGUUUAACUGGUGAUGAGAACUUGUGUCCUGCACCUGGUUGUCGAGAUAUACUUGGUACUGAGUCCAUUUUCUCCCGAAGUACAUUAAAAAGUUGUAUAUCUGACAAUUUUGAUGAUGAAGCUUCGACUAGUUGUUCAUUUGAUGAUGGAUCAAUUGUCCAUAGUGGUUACAUCUCUUCCAAAAUUAGAGCAGCUCUAGAUAUACUAAAGUCAAUCUCUUGUCCAAGUUCUGAAGUACAUAAUCUCAUGAUAUGUGGUUCCAAGUCCGAUGCCAAUGCUUCUGAUCAUAUUUCCACUCUGUUAAACUCAAAUGCUGACAUGCUAGCCAAGGCUAUUGUUUUCUCCCAGUGGACCAGCAUGCUCGACUUACUUGAGCUUUCAUUGAAUGAGUGUCUUAUGCAGUCUCGAAGGCUAGAUGGGACAAUGUCCCUCAUGUUACGAGACAAGGCCGUGAAAGACUUCAACACUGAUCCAGAGGUAACUGUUAUGCUCAUGUCACUUAAAGCAGGAAGCCUUGGCCUGAAUAUGGUGGCUGCUUGUCAUGUAAUUCUUCUUGAUCUUUGGUGGAAUCCAACUACUGAAGAUCAAGCAGUUGACCGAGCACAUAGAAUUGGGCAGACUCGUCCUGUGACUGUUUCCCGAAUAACUAUUAAAGAUACAGUCGAAGAUCGGAUACUAGCUCUUCAGGAGGAGAAGAGGAAGAUGGUUUCUACUGCUUUUGGAGAAGAUCAAACUAGUUCUCAUGCAACUCGUCUCACGGUGGAAGAUCUUAGGCGAUUAUUUAACUGCUUUGACGACUGAGUUUUCGCAUGAAUCAUAGUAGUUGAUUCAUAUCUUUUUGGAUAUGAAUGAAUAGGAUUGUUGUUGGCUAAUUUUUUGAGAUGUGCUCCAUCCC